AUGGCCGCCAUUGUGGAUGUUGGGCCCACGUCUGUCGUACAAGUUGGAACUGCCCAUGUGCACAUGGUCGCCAGCACCGACCCAGCUAGAAUUGAGUUUGUCACUAAUCGAGUAAAGACGAUCCUUUCUGACAGUGGCAUCUCUCCUCUUCGUUCUCUUUCAUCACCGUUUGGGACCCGCCAAACCCGACACGGUCAGACUUUGGCCGCCGGCAACUCAUCCGCUUUGUCUAGUAAGCUGAAUCCAGCCCAGCUGCAUGAUCUCUGCAUACUGCGCCGACGGCCGCGCAACCUUGACGCUGAAGCUAGUGAAGCUACCGCUAGUGGUUGCGGAGGGGGUGGCAACGAGGUCGUUUAUGCUUGCUCAGUAUGCCGACUGACUUCUCCUACACAGGGUGCUAUCCGGGCCCACGUAGUUCGCGUCCAUCUGGCCCUGCCGGCACAUGCCUGCGUCUAUUGCUCGGCCACAUUUAUGGCAAAACGAGACGUGCUCACUCAUCAUGAGGCUUGUCAUCCUCGCGAAGCCUUGGUUACUGGAUUGCAACCCGCUGAUUAUAGAGAUGCCAUGUCCAAGCUACUCCCUCAGGUGCCAUAUUUUGCAGCUUCUUCCUAA